AUGGCUAAAGAAAUGACUGAUUUUGAAAAAGAUGAAGGGUAUCCUUUCUUAGCCGUAUCGAGAGAAGAAAGAAUUGCUUUAACUUCUCAACCAUUUGAUUCAAAAAAAAAUUGUUGGAUUCCCGAUACUGAAGAAGGAUUUGUUUCUGCUGAAAUUACUGAGGUACAGGGUGACAAAGUUACUGUUAUCACAUCACGUGGUAACCAAGUUACAGUAAAAAAAGAUGAAGUCCAAGAAAUGAAUCCUCCAAAAUUUACGAAAAUCGAAGAUAUGGCUGAUUUAACUUUCCUUAAUGAAGCUUCAGUACUUGCUAAUUUAAAGCAACGUUACUAUUCAAUGAUGAUUUAUACAUAUUCAGGAUUGUUUUGUGUUGUAAUUAAUCCAUACAAAAGAUUACCAAUUUAUACUGAAUCAAUCAUUACCAGUUAUAUGGGAAAAAGACGUAAUGAAAUGCCACCACAUUUAUUUGCUGUCUCUGAUGAAGCUUAUAGAAAUAUGGUUAUGGAUAGAGAAAAUCAAUCUAUGUUGAUUACUGGUGAAUCUGGUGCUGGUAAGACAGAAAACACAAAAAAAGUUAUUUCUUACUUUGCUAUUGUUGGAGCAACUCAACAAUCUGCAAGUGAAAAGAAAGAACGCAAAAAAGGUGGUACAUUAGAAGAGCAAAUUGUUCAAACAAAUCCUGUUCUUGAAGCUUUUGGUAAUGCUAAGACUGUUCGUAACAAUAAUUCAUCACGUUUUGGUAAAUUUAUUAGAACACAUUUUAGUAAAGAAGGUAAACUUGCUGGUGGAGAUAUUGAACAUUAUCUAUUGGAAAAAUCUCGUGUUGUUAGACAAGCUCCUGGUGAAAGAUGUUAUCAUAUCUUUUAUCAAUUAAUGUCUGGUUAUGAUCCAUCAAUGAGAGAAAAACUUAAAUUGACUAAUGAUUUAAAAUAUUAUCAUUUUGUAUCUCAAGCUGAGUUAACAAUUGACGGUGUUGAUGAUAAAGAAGAAAUGAGACUUACCCAAGAAGCAUUUGAUAUCAUGGGUUUUGAAGAUCAUGAAACAAUGGAUCUUUACAAAAAUUGUGCUGGUAUCAUGCAUAUGGGAGAAAUGAAAUUCAAACAAAGACCACGUGAAGAACAAGCUGAACCAGAUGGUAUUGAAGAUGCCAUAAAUGCUUGCCAUAACUUUGGAGUUGAUGCUGAAGUUUUUGUUAAUGCUUUUGUUAAACCAAGAGUUAGAGUUGGAACUGAAUGGGUUAAUAAAGGUCAAAAUCUUGCACAAGUUCAUUGGGCAGUUGAUGGGUUAGGUAAAGCUAUCUAUGCACGUAUGUUUAAAUGGAUUAUUGGAAGAUGUAACAAAACACUUGAUGCUAAAGAAAUUCCAAGAGAUUUAUUCAUUGGUGUUCUUGAUAUUGCUGGUUUUGAAAUCUUUGACUUUAAUUCAUUUGAACAACUUUGGAUUAAUUUUGUCAAUGAAAAACUUCAACAAUUCUUUAAUCAUCAUAUGUUUGUUCUUGAACAAGAAGAAUAUCAAAGAGAAGGAAUUCAAUGGGAAUUUAUUGAUUUCGGACUUGAUCUUCAAGCUUGUAUUGAACUUAUUGAAAAACCUUUAGGUAUAAUUUCUAUGCUUGAUGAAGAGUGUAUUGUACCAAAAGCCUCUGAUAUGACAUAUGUUGAUAAACUUCUUGAUAAUCAUCUUGGAAAACAUCCAAACUUCCAAAAACCAAAACCACCAAAAGGAAAACAAGCUGAAGCACACUUUGCUAUUGUUCAUUAUGCUGGCACUGUACGUUAUAAUGCUACUAAUUUCCUUGAAAAAAAUAAAGAUCCAUUAAAUGAUACAGCUGUAGCUGUUUUGAAACAUGCUCAAGGUAAUGCAUUAAUGCUUGAACUUUGGGAUGACUAUGUUACACAAGAAGAGGGUGCUGAAUUAGCUAAACAAGGUGGUCCUGGAAAAAGAGGAAAAUCAUCUUCUUUCUUAACUGUAUCUAUGAUUUAUAGAGAUUCAUUGAAUAAUUUAAUGAAUAUGCUUUAUAAAACUCAUCCACACUUUAUUCGUUGUAUUAUUCCUAACGAAAAGAAAUUGUCUGGUGUCAUUGAUUCUGCAUUAGUUCUUAAUCAACUUACAUGUAAUGGUGUACUUGAAGGAAUUAGAAUUUGCCGUAAAGGUUUCCCCAACAGAAUGUUAUAUCCAGAUUUCAAACAUCGCUACAGUAUUCUUGCCGCUAAUGCUGCCAAAAAUCCAGAUCCUGCAGCAGCUGCUAAAGCUAUAACAGAUGUCCUUAAAACUGAAGGUCAUCUUUCAGAUGAAGAAUUCAAAAUUGGAGGUACCAAGAUUUUCUUCAAAGCUGGUAUUUUGGCCAGACUUGAAGAUCUUAGAGAUGAAAAAUUAUCAGCUAUCAUGGUUGACUUCCAAGCUCAUGUUAGAUGGUAUCUUGCUUUAGUUCAAAAGAAGAGACUUUAUCAAUUGAAAGAGACUGUUACCAUUAUUCAACAAAAUAUUCGCUCAUGGUGUACUCUUAGAACCUGGAAUUGGUUCAAACUUUUUGGAUUAGUUAGACCAUUGAUAAAAUCUGACAAAGAAAAAGAACAAGAAUUAGCUGCUAUUGCUGAACUUAACGACAAAAUCCAAACACUUACAGCUUCUUUGGCUGUUGAAGAAGCGACUAGAGUAAAAUUAGAAGCUAAAGUAGAUGAUAUUACACAUGAGAGAGAUGAAAUUGCUAAAAAUCUUGAGAAAGAAAAAGCUGCUCUUGAAGAGGCAGAAACUCAAAAAAAAAAACUUGAAGCAAUCAAAGCUGAACUUGAUAGAGAAGUAAGUAAUUUGAAUGAUCGUGUUAGUGACAUGGAAGAUAGAAAUUCUGAUUUACAAAGACAAAAGAAGAAGUGUGAACAGGAUAUUUCUGAUUUAAAGAAAAAUGUGACUAAUUUAGAUUUAAACGUUAGAAAACUUGAAUCAGAAAAAGCUGCUAAAGACCAAAACAUUAGAUCCCUUCAAGAUGAGAUGAAUGUUCAGGAUGAAACUAUUUGUAAACUUAACAAAGAAAAAAGAUUACAAGAAGAACAAAAUCGUAAACUUACCGAUGAGUUAAUUGCUAUGGAAGAGAAACUUGUUCAUUUAGAAAAACUUAGAGCAAAAUUAGAAAAUCAAGGAAAUGAAAUUGAAAGCACUCUUGAUUAUGAAAAGAAACAAAAAUCUGAUUUAGAGAAGGCUAGAAGAAAGCUUGAGUCUGAUCUUAAAAUUGCUCAAGAGACAAUUGAUGAAUUAAAUACUCAAAAACAUGAUCUUGAACAAACAUUAAAAAGAAAAGAAACUGAUUUACAUAUUGCAACUGGAAGAUUAGAAGAUGAAAGAAUAAAUUCUGCAAAACUUGAAAGACAAAUAAAAGAUCUUUUGGCACGAAUUAACGAGUUAACAGAUGAACUUGACAACGAAAAACAAAGUAGAAAUAAAAGCGAAAGAAACAGAGCCGAGCUUCAACGUGAAUUGGAAGAUUUAACUGAAAAGUUAGAAGCAGCUGGUGGUAUGUCUGCUGCACAAAUGGAAAUUAAUCGCAGAAGAGAAGCAGAACUUGCAAGACUUAAGAGAGAUCUUGAAGUUCAAGCAUUAAAUCACGAAAAUCAACUUGCUGCCAUUAAAAAACGAAACACUGAUGCAAUUGGAGAGUUAGCUGACCAACUUGAAAAUAUGUGUAAAAUGAAGGUUAAGACAGAGGCUGAAAAAAAUAAACUUCAGAGAGAUCUUGAUGAAUCAAAUUAUAAUGUUGAUUCAAUUACCAGACAAAAAGGUGAACUUGAAAAACAAUGUAAAACUAUUGAAAUCCAAUAUGCUGAAUUGUCAACAAAAGCUGACGAACAAGCUAAACAAAUUAAUGAAUAUGCUAACCUCAAGGCAAGACUUCAAAAUGAAAACACUGAAUUAAGUCAUGCAGUAGAAGAUCUUGAAAAUCAACUAAACAAUACACAUCGUAUUAAGACACAAUUAUUUGCUUCACUUGAAGAAACAAAACGUUCACUUGAAGAAGCAAAUGCUGAAAAAGGUAACCUAGCUGCACAAUUGAAAGGAGCAACACAUGAAAAUGACAAUCUUCGUGCUGUUCUUGAUGAAGAACGUGCUGCAAAGGCUGAAUGUAUGCGUGUCAUUUCUAAAUUAAAUGCUGAAAUUCAACAAUGGAAAGCUAAAUGUGAGAAUGAUGCUUUAGCUAAAGCUGAAGAAAUUGAGGAAGCUAAGAGAACCAUUCAAGCUAAACUAACUGAAAUGACAGAAGCUUAUGAAUCAGCCAAUCUUAAGAUAUUUAACUUAGAAAAGAUUCGUGCCAAACUUAUGCAAGAUUUAGAUGAUGCUCAACUUGAUGUUGAAAAAGCCACUCAAUAUGCUGCUGCAUUAGAGAAGAAACAAAAAGGAUUUGAAAGAAUUAUUGAUGAAUGGAAAAGAAAAUGUGAUGAUUUGGCUGCUGAACUUGAUUCUGCUCAAAGAGAUAACCGUACCCUUUCUGCUGAUUUAUUCAAAGCAAAGACUGCUCUUGAUGAGGCUGAAGAAACAAUUGAAGCUUUGAAACGAGAAAAUAAGAGUAUGGCUAUGGAACUUAAAGAUGUUCACUAUCAAUUAGCUGAAGGAGCAAGAUCAAUUGAUGAGUUACAAAAACUUCUUAGAAAGGUUGAAACUGAAAAAGAAGAUCUUCAAUUGGCUUUACAUGAAGCUGAAGCUGCCCUUGAAGCAGAAGAAGCAAAAGUUCAAAGAGCACAAAUUGAAAUUAGUCAAAUUAGAUCUGAAAUCGAAAAAAGAUUACAAGAAAAAGAAGAAGAAUUUGAAAAUACAAGAAGAAAUCAUCAACGUGCACUUGAAUCAAUGCAAGCUUCAUUGGAAACUGAACAAAAGGCUAAAGAAGAAGCUCUUAGAAUUAAGAAGAAACUUGAAUCAGAUAUUAAUGAACUUGAAAUUGCUCUUGAUCAUGCUAAUCGUGCUAAUGCUGAGGCACAACGUAAUAUUAAGAAAUACCAAGAUCAAAUCAGAGAACUUCAAUUCCAAAUUGAAGAAGAACAAAGAAUCCGUGAAGAUUUACAAGAUCAAUUAUCUAAUAGUGAAAAGAGAUGUCAAGCAUUAACAGCUGAAAAAGAUGAAUUAGCAAGAAUGGCUGAAUCUGCUGAAAGAGCACGUAGAAAUGCUGAACAAGAAUUAAUGGAAUUAAGAGAGGUUGUUAAUGAUCUCAAUAAUCAAUUAGCUUCUCAAAUAGGAAUCAGAAAGAAAAUUGAAGGAGACCUUCUUGCACUUCAAGCAGAAUAUGACGAAAUCUUAAUCAACUAUAAAAAUGCUGAAGAAAAUCUUAAAAAGGCUGUUGCUGAUGCUGCUAAACUUGCCGAAGAACUUAGACAAGAACAAGAACAUUCUAGUCAUGUUGAAAGAAUGCGUAAAGGACUUGAACUUCAAAUCAAAGAAAUGCAAGUUAGACUUGAUGAAGCUGAACAAGCAGCUUUACGUGGUGGAAGAAAAAUUAUUGCUCAACUUGAAUCUAGAAUUAGAGGUUUGGAACAAGAGCUUGAUCUUGAAUGUAAAAGACACCAAGAUACUAAUAAAGUUCUUUCUAAAGCUGAUAGACGUAUUAAAGAACUUGAAUUCCAAAUUGAUGAAGACCAUAAAACAUCCGAUAGGCUUACUGAUAUGGUUGAUAAAUUACAACUUAAAUUAAAAACUUACAAACGUCAAGUUGAAGAUGCUGAAGAAUUGGCAGCUGCAAAUCUUUCUAAAUACAAACAACUUCAAGCAUCUGUUGAUAUGGCUGAAGAAAGAGCUGAAGUUGCUGAAAAUUGUUUAUCAAAACUUCGUCUUCGUAGUAGAUCAUCAGCAGCAAUUUUACCAAGACUCGAUGGACCAAUUAUGAUGAGUUCCUCAAAUUUACAAAUUCCACAUGCGAUGAGUUUUGUUGGCCAACAACUACCAACCAAGAGUGAAAGCUCAGCUAAUAUCUAA